GUUCAACAUCCAUCGUCUACAAGUCAGAACGUGGUGUUCCACGCGGCUUCAUCAUCGACAACACAAAGCCCUAAGCGGGUAGGGCUUACAGCCUGCUUCUGCGCCUGUAUCUAGCAGAAACUGUGCUGAAGGCUGCGAGGCGUCAACACGGUCAGCCAACCAGGGAAAGAGCAGGCAAACCCAGCCAAGCAGAGGACAACAGUAUGGCGUCGGCAGAGGUUGUGCGCCCAGACAUGGACGAGGCCAUCUCGCCCCGUCAGGCUGCGCCCUCGAUCGAGCAGGCCAUUUCAACCAUCGGACCCCUCAACAACCCCCUCAAUCCUCUCGAUCUACGCGUCGACCCCGAUGCGCAGGCCACCGUUUCCGACUUCCUCGACUUCACCGAAUACCUGCCCGCCGACAUGACGCGCUCUCUAACCUUGAUUGGGAAGCUGGACCAGACCUAUCUCGACUCCUCAGAUAGAAUCCACGAGCUGACAACCCUCUGGGGCCAGCUUCCCAGCAUCCCCCCAGCCGAGAGGACCAAGCCCGUCGACCUGCGGGGGGACAUCUCGGAGAACCUACACCAGGCCCUGAACACGCGCGUCUACUCACUCGCCGAGGCCCAGCGCAUGACCGAGAUUGUGAACCGUCAUUAUUCUCGCGCCAAGACCAUCCUGUCCAAACUCGACACGAUGCUGGAGAACUAUCCCGCGGCCGAGGAGCAGAAGAGCCCAGUGACAACCAAGUCACCACAGUUGUCGCGGGCGCCAAAGAUAGCAGUGCGUGCCGAUGGCCAGCGGGUCCGCAGACCACCGGUUCCGAGGAUAACAGUGCCGGGGGAGGUACUCGCGCCCUACGAGCUGAACUAUGAUGCAUAUCUUUCAACCAGCGAGAGCAGUUCCGAGGAGGAAGAGGACCAAGUCGAGAAGUCAUCCAACAGGGUUACACCCGCGCCCCAGGCGCGUAUUAAGGUGGUGAAAGCGACCAAGACUCCGAAGCCCGGUAGGACACCUCGCCCGAGAAGCUCUGUGCCACCACCCAACCCUCCGGCUGCUGGAUUGUCGACGAGCGCUGCCAUGGCGCAACUGGCUCCCCCGCCAGACAAUGCUGUAAUUGGCAGUUCAGAUGCCCCAUGGGGCCAGCUCACUGCAUAUGAACUUGCUAGGCUCAGGAAGCGCAUGAAGAAGAAUGCGGCUUGGAUCCCUAGUGACACCAUGGUGGCGCGGGAGCUGAGUGCACUCGGGCGGGGUGUGGAUGCCUUCAGGGCGGCAAAGCAGAAGGCCGAAGCGGAAGGGAGAGUCUUUGAGGGCCAGAUGCCGGUACCCACCCUUGAUCCAGACACGGGCGAGAAACGGAUGCCCCUCGGAGCGCUGACAUUAGAGGCCCUGGAGUCAGAUGAAAAGAACCUGAGCAAUCGCGGCAUGAAGCUAAACGAGGCCAAGAAACUCAAGCGGGAGCUUCUGGCCAAGAUGGCCGCCGAGGAAGCCGAGGAAUCCGCUAGGAGAUUCGACGCGAUUGCGAAGACGCUCAUGUCUGAUGCUACUCCGGCCAACAACGUCCAGGACCAAUCCGCCAGAACGACCGCCAGAGCAAAGGCCCAGAGGAAGCGCAAACGCGAUUCCGCCCCCGACACUGAUGUCGAGAAGACCGAAGGGGCUGCGGCCCAAGCCCAGCGACCUCAGUUCAAGCGUACAAAGACCGAGACCCCGGUCCCGCCGCCAAUUCUAACCCCUGGCGCCUCGCAAAUCAGUUCCCAAGAGACUCCGGCACCCCACGCUCAGCGUUUGUCGACCGCCGGCAUUGUUCACUCCACCACGCCGAUCCCCCUGCCGAUACAAGGCCAAGACCAAUCUAUUACGGCCAAAUCGGGCACGUCGGCAACGUCACCCGCCAGCAGCAUCGCUGGCGGCGCAAACAACAUUCCACCUGUCAAACUCCCGCCAACCGAAACGCCCAUCCCUCCCCCAGUGCUCUCCCCCAAGAAGUCGACGACCCCAAUCCUUCCUCCGGCUAGGGAGACGCGUCUGUCCCAAGCAGCGCGCGCGCAGCAGCAAACCGCACUACCAAUCCCCGCCACACUCACCUCUCGCUCAACAAGCCCAGAGGUAGCUCCCAAACCGGAGCCUGACGCGGCAGGAGCAGCUAUAUCCGUUCCGUCCGCCGCACCCGCGCCCACCUCGGCCUCCUCGGCUACCACGACCACAACCGUGACGACCCGCCGCCCCGCAUCCCGCGGCAAGGCCACCAGCCAGGAACCGCAGCCAUCGCUUGCCGCAGACCGUCCCCGGCGCGCUAGCACCGCCCGCAACACCCCUGCGCCGGAGCAGUCGGCCUCCACAACAACCGCAUCAGGCGCCCCAGCUGCAGGCGCUGCCGCCCGUACGUCCGGCAAGCGGACUAAGAGACCCGCGCCGGGCAUCAUCAGCCGCACCAACAGCGGUGGGAACAGCGCCGUGGGCAUGCGCAAGGCCGCGCCCAGAAAGAAGAGAGCCGCGGGCGCAGGAGGCAGGCGGGCCGGUUCCGGCGCGUCUGCUGCGAGUAGCAGUGCUGCUGCUGCUGCUGCUACGAGCUCCACUGCUGCAUCCGGAGUCGGGGCCGGGGCUGGGGCGGAAGUGCUGGAGGUGGAGGUUGACGAUGAGGGCAAUAUCAUCGACCCGGACGAACCCAGGUACUGCUUGUGCAACCGGGUCAGUUUUGGGACUAUGAUUCAGUGUGAUAAUGUUGAUAACUGCAAGCAAGAGUGGUUCCAUCUCGAGUGUGUGGGCCUCUCGGACAUACCGGCGCGCACGACAAAAUGGUACUGCCCUGAUUGUAGGGUCUUGCUGAAUAUUGGCGAGAAGGGAGAAGUUAGCGCUCGUGGUGUGAAGGCUUGACAUUCUUCCUUUCGAGAAGGUGAUUAUGGGUUUGAUGUCUAGAUUAUGUAUGGGUAUAUGUAUAUGUAUGGGUAUGGGUAUGGGUAGGUAUGGUUACAGGGUGGGUUGAGGUGUGGGAUGGUUCAGCGGGGUGUUGCUCGUUUUAUUCUACGUGCCUUCUUACUUUAUGGGAUCUCUAGGGGUGGUCUGAGAUCAGUCCGGCAAUUGCGCGGCGUGGAUUUGCUUUUAUUUGGUAGGCAGGUGGGAGAGGCACAAGACGCUUCAAGAGGCAGAGAUGUUUAUCCUGCAAAGGGCCUAUGUAUUGUAUGUAUGUACACAUUCUGUACUGUACUACCGUAUCUUACUGUAC